AUGGCGGGCGAGUCUGUGGUGGAUGAAAAUGGGAAGAACAGGCGGGCGGUGGCUACAGCCAACACUCGUGCCAAGCGGGCGCUGAUCGCGGCAACUAUUCUGGUCCUCAUUGCGCUACUGCUGCCCGGAAGAAGCUCGCGAAGGUCCGCUGACGAGCAGGCCAGUGAGCGGCGGGUGAUGCAGCCCGGCGACAAGCUGGACAUGGUGUCGCGGUCGCGCCAGCUCUCCGACUCAGACAGUUUUGUCGAGUCGGUCACGUCUGUGCUUGGCAGAUCGUCCAAGCGGUCUAAGUACAAUGGCCUACUGUACACAUGGUCGGAUACCAAGUCGCUGGACACGUUUCGGCAGUGGGCCUUUAUCAAAGAGUGCUACGCGGCCAACUACGGGUACGAGUCGUUGUGGGAUACGACGCCAGCGGACGUGCUCGAGUACGAGAUUUCGGUUCUUGGACUCCGCAACAACAUCCUAAGCCUGUUUGGCCUCCCGGUCUCCGAGUCGCCGUACUCUGCCUUUGACUUUAUUCCGGAUGAGGUGCUGUAUUCGUACGACGACACGUUCUUCGCGUCGUCGAACGUGCUCCUUCUCCUCGGCCUCAUUGACGAGACCGGUACCAAGCACAUCCAGGGCAAUGCGCCGAUGAUGAAAAAGGUGCACGUGCACUUGCAAGAGGUGCGCGACCAGAUUUCCAAGCACGACCCGCUGCCCUCGCUGCUCAGCAAUUUUGUGGUGUCGGUGAUGAGGGCGGGCACGGGCCCGGCGAACACCCGCUCAGUAGAGGCAAUGGCAAAGGUCAUCCUUGACGAGGGCCCAUCGGUAAUCAAGGAACUCCAUUCGUACAGGCACAUUGCCACCCGCGUCCAGCAGAACAUCAAGUCGGCCAUGGAAGUGGUCUUCUCCGCCAUCGACAGCAAACUUGCCGACGCCAAGGGCGAGCAGGCCUACGUCCUCGCCCACGUCCGCAGUCUCAUCGAGGACAACCUUGAGCAGCUGAAGAGCCUCAUGAUACAGCGGGCCAACCGAGUUGUUGCCCUCGGCAACUUGCUGAUCGAGCCCAAGUUCAAGGCUAAGACCGACGAGGUUGAUGAGCUCAGCACCGGGUCGGCCAAGGGAGACCUUGGGUGGUACAAUCUUGGUCCGCAGUGGUCAACCCUCUCCAACAUGUUCAAGUUUUUCGAGCGGGACAACCUCGAUUUUGUGUGGAUGACCGGCGGUGACCAGUACCUGCAGCGGACCGACGUCGACAUUGCCGAUUUUCUCGACCUCGCUCCGGACAAGGACAUCAUCAUCAUGGACGAGCCGCAUUGGCCGCAGCAGCGGUCCAUGUCGUACGGAUUUGGCGGUAUGGUCUUCCGCAACACCCCGUGGGCCCGCGCUUUUAUCGCUCGCAUGUUCGCCAAGCGUUGGCGCUUCCUGGUGUGGGACGACAACUCAGCGCUGACCGAGACCAUCCUGGAGGUGUUUGGUGAGGAGGCCGAAGCCCGUGGCGAGAAGGGCUAUGACGGCGAGUGUAUGUCGCUUUGUGAGCUCGACAAGCCGUACGGCAUGAGCACCGACUUUUCCAAGUUCGCCGUCGGCUCACCCAUAGUCAACGCCUAUUCAAGCUGCUUCUUCGACAACCUCGACCGCCUCGCAGGCCCUUAUGGCAAGCGUGGACCCAAGUCCAAGCUCAAGCUCCACAACAUGCUCGAGAACUCACUCAAUCUCAACUGCUGGUCGGCCCUCACUGGGGAUCCACGCAUGGAUCUCUCAUGGUGCAUGACGGUUCACUUUAAUGGGCUCGGCUCUAAGCGAGCCCCGCUCGUCAACUCGCUUGGCCUCUGCAACAACAUCACCGCCCACUCGACCUCAUGCUUUGACUACCAGUACAUGCCCGUCACGGAGUGCUACAAGUACUGGGCAUGA